AUGGCUGCGCUGCUCCUCCUCGUCGUGCUCGCCGCCGCGGCCACCGCCGGCGCUGUGAGCGCAACCACUGUCGCCUACAACGACCGCGCUCUCGUCAUUGACGGCGAGCGCCGCAUCAUCAUAUCCGGAUCGAUCCAUUACCCCAGGAGCACGCCCGAGAUGUGGCCGGGUCUGAUCAAGAAGGCCAAGGAAGGCGGCCUCAACGCGAUCGAUACGUACGUCUUCUGGAAUGGCCACGAGCCGCGCCAGCGCCAGUACAACUUCGAGGAGAACUACGACAUCGUCAGGUUCUUCAAGGAGAUCCAGAAUGCUGGCAUGUACGCCAUUCUUCGCAUUGGUCCCUACAUCUGUGGCGAAUGGAACUAUGGAGGACUUCCCGCUUGGCUGCGUGACAUCCCUGGCAUGCAGUUCAGGAUGCACAACGAGCCCUUUGAGCGCGAGAUGGAGACCUUCACCACGCUCAUUGUCAACAAGAUGAAGGACGCCAGCAUGUUCGCAGGGCAGGGAGGCCCAAUCAUCCUCUCUCAGAUCGAGAACGAGUACGGGAACAUCAUGGGCAAGAUGAACAACAACCAGUCCGCCUCGGAAUACAUCCACUGGUGCGCCGACAUGGCGAACAAGCAGAACGUCGGCGUCCCGUGGAUCAUGUGCCAGCAGGAUGACGAUGUGCCACACAAUGUUAUCAACACUUGCAAUGGAUUCUAUUGCCAUGACUGGUUUCCGAACAGGACGGGAAUCCCCAAGAUUUGGACGGAGAACUGGACUGGCUGGUUCAAAGCCUGGGACAAGCCCGAUUUUCAUAGGUCCGCUGAAGACAUUGCUUUCGCGGUCGCCAUGUUCUUCCAGAAGCGUGGAUCGGUCCAGAACUACUACAUGUACCACGGUGGAACCAACUUUGGCCGCACUUCUGGUGGCCCGUACAUCACAACCAGCUAUGACUAUGAUGCGCCUUUGGAUGAGUAUGGUAACAUUAGGCAGCCCAAAUAUGGUCACUUGAAGGAUCUCCACAACGUGCUCAAGUCCAUGGAGAAAAUUCUUGUCUACGGGGAGUACAACGACACUAGCUACGGCAAGAACAUCACUGUCACCAAGUACACCUUUGGUGGUUCCUCAGCUUGCUUCAUCAACAACCAAUUCGACGACAGGGAUGUCAAUCUCACCCUUGGUGGAGCUACUCACCUCGUACCUGCAUGGUCUGUCAGCAUCUUGCCUGAUUGCAAGACUGUUGCCUUCAAUACUGCCAAGAUCAAGACGCAGACGUCGGUGAUGGUGAAGAAGCCGAACACGGUGGAGAAGGAGCCGGAGGCCUUGGAGUGGUCAUGGAUGCCUGAGAACCUGAAGCCCUUCAUGACCGACGAGCACGGCAACUUCAGAAAGACCCAGCUCUUGGAGCAGAUCUCCACUUCCACUGAUCAGAGUGACUACUUGUGGUACAGAACAAGCCUUGAGCACAAGGGAGAGGGAAGUUACACGUUGUACGUGAACACAACGGGCCAUGAGAUCUAUGCUUUUGUCAAUGGAAAGCUUGUUGGGCAAAACCACUCGGCGAAUGGAGCGUUCGUCUUCCAGCUCGAGUCACCGGUGAAUCUUCACGCCGGGAAGAACUACAUUUCUCUCCUGAGCGGCACCGUCGGCCUCAAGAACUACGGGCCUUUGUUUGAGCUGAUGCCGGCCGGCAUCGUCGGAGGACCGGUUAAGCUUAUCGGUGCAAAUAAUGGCACCGCCAUUGAUCUGACCAACAGCUCUUGGUCUUACAAGGCUGGCUUGGCCGGUGAGUACAGGCAAAUCCAUCUUGACAAGCCCGGCUACAAGUGGCGGAGCCACAACGGCAGCAUUCCUGUCAACAGGCCAUUCACUUGGUACAAGACUACCUUCGACGCUCCUGCCGGCGAGGAGGCGGUGGUGGUAGACCUGCUGGGCCUGAACAAGGGUGCGGCGUGGGUGAACGGCAACAGCCUGGGCCGCUACUGGCCUUCGUACACGGCGUCGGACAUGGACGGCUGCCACAUCUGCGACUACCGCGGCAAGUUCAAGGCGGAGGGCGACGGCGUCCGGUGCCUGACGGGGUGCGGCGAGCCGUCGCAGCGGUACUACCACGUCCCGCGCUCCUUCCUCCGGGCGGGCCAGCCCAACACGCUGGUCCUCUUCGAGGAGGCCGGCGGCGACCCGACGCGCGCCGUGUUCCGCACCGUGGCCGUGGGCACCGUCUGCGUGGCGGCCGCCGAGGAGGGCGACGACGUGACGCUGUCGUGCGGCCAGCACGGGCGCGUUGUCUCUAGCGUGGACGUGGCCACCUUCGGCGUGACCAGGGGGCACUGCGGCGCGUACGAGGGCGGGUGCGAGUCCAAGGCCGCGCUCGAGGCGUUCACGGCGGCGUGCGUCGGGAAGGAGUCGUGCACGGUGCGGUACACGGGCGCGUUCGCCGGCGCCGGGUGCGAGUCAGGCGUGCUCACCGUGCAGACCACCUGCUGA